AUGGCACCGCCUCCAAGUUCCGUAUCGUCGACUAUCCUACCAACAAAAGGGGCGUCGCGCUGGCGCCGCAUUCGUCACAGACUGAAAGUGCCGUCGGGCUGGCGCUUUUCUCUCCUGUCUGGAGCAGUGCUAGCCGUUGUCGUCCUCGUGGUCAACCUUGGCGCCUUGUUGUGGGCAGUAACCCAACCCACGCCCGUUGGAGACCAAAAUGGCCGGCGCAUCUUGUUUGACGGGACGUGUGCCAAGGCCAAGAACAUCAGCACGGCCCUGCAUGUCUUGAUCAACGUCUUGAGCUCUCUGCUGCUAGGCGCGUCCAACUACGGCAUGCAGUGUCUCUCAGUGCCCACGCGGAGCGAGGUCGAUAAAGCUCACGCCAAGGGCACGUCGCUUGAGAUUAGGGUUCCCAGCACGCGCAAUAUCAAGAGCAUCAGUAGCGAAAGGGUCCUGCUGUGGCUCUUGCUUGUGCUGUCUUCUUUGCCACUUCACUUUCUGUACAACUCGGUCAUCUUUUCGUCCUUCUUGGCACGCAACUACCGAGUUCUUGGUGCGCCCGAGAGCUUCACUAGAGCAGAUUACGUCUUUGCCGUCGACGGCACUUAUAACAGUGUGACUACUCACCAAUAUGAAGAUUGGGGAGGGUUUUAUGAGUAUGACGGUGAGCAAGUAUUGAUUGAUGAUGAAAUUCAGUCCCUGCAACGCCUCGCCGCGACGGGUCAGCUAGAAAAUCUCACAAAUAGCGAGUGCAUCGACGCCUGUAGGACGCCAUUCAUGACAUCUCGUAGCGGCGUGGUGCUCGUAGUCGGCCAGCUCCACGACAAUGCGUCCCUCACAGCCAUCUACGCCGACCAGUUGCGCGGGAUCCGCAGCGACGCGGCUGCGUGGGAGUUCCCGUUCGCAAGUAACCACUCGGUCACCUACUGCCUCAGCAAGCCGGAGGAGGAGCACUGCAGGGUGAACUUCAGCAUCUUGUUCGCCGCCAUUGUCGUCGCUGCCAACGCCGCCAAGGCCACAGUCCUGAUCAUGACCUUGCUCUACACCCCCGACGAGCCGCUUCUAGUACUAGGCGACGCUAUCUCGUCAUUUCUAGCUCGACCAGAUCCCUACAGCAUCGGAAUGUACCUGGGCGGGAUCGUGACCAUCAGUGUCUAUCUUAUAGUCGCGAUACAAAAUAUGCUCGGCGCCACCGACCUCGGCAGCUUGUACAACAGCAUGUUUACUCGGAUGCUGGCGGCGCGCGAGUGGAGCGGCUUCGGCGUCACACGCAAGCCGCUGCGCAUGUCGGCGGCUCCCACUAGUGCCCAGCGCGAGCGGUACUUUCUGCAACUCCCCUACCGCUUCGGCGUGCCGCUGUUGGGCUUUUCAGUCCUCGUCCACUGGCUUAUAUCGCAGAGCCUCUUCGUAGUGGCCGUCGAGAGCCUAGAUCCGCCGUAUUCUGCUGACAUCGGCUGGUAUCUCAUCACCUGCGGCUACUCGCCCAUUGCCAUUAUCUUCGCGCUGGCCGUGUGCUGCCUGCUUGUCGCUGCCGCCACCGUCACAGGCUGCUGGCGGCUGCCGUCUGCCAUUCCCAUCGUCGGCAGCUGUAGCCUGGCCAUCGCUGCCGCGUACCACGGCAUCGACGAACAGCCUCAGCCCGAUGCAGCGCUCGAUCCAUUGCAGUGGGGCGUAAUAGCUCCCCCUAGCUCCACGGGCCCAGGGCAUUGCGGCUUUUCAGCUGAGGAAGUCGGCGAGCCGGAAGAGGGCUGCCAUUACGGGACAGCGGCCCCGAGCACAGAGGUGGCGGUUCGUUUCAACCAGCGUUAG